AUGUUCCACCACGAGUACGAGAAACGGCUGCUGAAGCCGGUGCUGAGCGGCGACGUGGCCACGACGGCCACGACGGCGGGCACGGCGGCGGCGUUGCCCGGUGCCGUCGCCACCGCCGCCGCCGCCGCCGCCGCCGCCGCCGCCGCCAACGCCGCUUAUUCGCCCAUCUACUUCUCGCCCACGAAGACGUCGGCGUACAACAACAGCUACGACCGCUUCAUACCCACCCGCUCGGGUAACAACUGGCAGACCACGUUCUCCAUGAUCAGCGAGAACAGCCGGGGCGGUCUGGUGGCGAAGAAGACGCGGGAGAAUGGCGAGGGCAGCCGCGACGGCAUCGCGUACUCCUGCCUGCUGAAGAACGAGCUGCUCGGCGCGAGCAUCGAGGACGUGAAGGGCCAGUGCGAGGAGCGCAGGGUUCUCUCGCCGUUGGUCACCAAGAACCUCUUCAAGUACACCACACCCACGAAGGACCGAACGCUGCUGGACCAGAGCUCGCCGUACUCCCUGUCGCCGCUGAGCGCCAAGAGUCAGAAGCUGCUCAGGUCCCCGAGGAAGGCGACCCGGAAGAUCUCGAGGAUACCCUUCAAGGUGCUGGACGCGCCGGAGCUGCAGGACGACUUCUACCUGAACCUGGUCGACUGGUCCUCCCAGAACGUACUCAGCGUCGGCCUGGGUAGCUGCGUCUACCUGUGGUCGGCGUGCACCAGCCAGGUGACGCGGCUCUGCGACCUGUCCAACGACGGCAACAGCGUGACCUCCGUCGCCUGGAACGAGCGCGGCAAUCUGGUGGCGGUGGGCACGCACAUGGGCUACAUACAGGUGUGGGACGUGGCGGUGAACAAGCAGGUGAGCAAGCUCCAGGGCCACAGCGCCCGAGUGGGCGCCCUGGCCUGGAACGGGGAGGUUCUCUCGUCGGGCAGCAGGGACCGACUGAUACUGCAGAGGGACGUGAGAACGCCGUGCGUCGUCGGCGAGCGACGGCUCGGAGCCCAUCGGCAGGAGGUGUGCGGCCUCAAGUGGUCACCGGACAACCAGUACCUCGCCUCCGGCGGCAACGACAAUCGGCUCUACGUGUGGAACCUGCACUCCCUCUCGCCCAUCCAGACGUACACCGAGCACCUGGCGGCGGUGAAGGCGAUCGCCUGGUCGCCCCAUCAUCACGGCCUGCUGGCGUCCGGCGGCGGCACCGCCGACCGUUGCAUCCGCUUCUGGAACACGCUGACCGGCCAGCCGAUGCAGUGCGUCGACACCGGCUCGCAGGUCUGCAAUCUCGCGUGGAGCAAGCACAGCUCCGAGCUGGUCAGCACGCACGGCUACUCGCAGAAUCAGAUACUCGUGUGGAAGUACCCGAGCCUCACGCAGGUGGCCAAGCUCACCGGCCACUCGUAUCGCGUGCUCUACCUGGCGAUGUCGCCCGACGGCGAGGCGAUCGUCACCGGCGCGGGCGACGAGACUCUACGCUUCUGGAACGUGUUCAGUAAGGCGCGCAGUCAGAAAGAGAACAAGUCCGUGCUGAAUCUGUUCACGAGUAUCCGGUAAAUAAGUGUCUCGGACUGCGUGUCCCAGUCCGUCGUGGCAGAGCCUCGCGAAACGUCUUUUAUUAUGUAUUUUGUACAUAUGCAUACACACGUAUAUCUAUCAUCAUAAAUACAAUAUCGUAGAGUAUUCUAAAAAAAUUAUAUAUAUACAUAUAUAUAUAUAUGUAUAUUUAUAUAUAUAGUAUAUAUGUAACACUUAUAGAAACAUAUAUAUGUAUAAUUGCGCAAGAGAUACUAGAAGAAACAUUCUUAGAGAAUUGUAUAAAGAUAAGGACUAUGUGACGCUCCCAACGUAUAGGAUAAGUCCGCGGAUUUUUCUCACGGUCUGCGAUACGUUGAGUAUUUGUGUGCAAUACUCGUUGCUAUUCUCCACGAGAUUUCUUCACGAGGAAAGAGAGAAAAAGUAUAUACGUGCCGGAGGCGAUCGCUGCGAGACGCUCUAUAUUUUUUAUGCACUUUGUAUACACUUAUUUUUAUAUACAUCGCUACACUACAGACUUAUAAAUAAUUUGCACAGAGUAUCCCGGAAAUCGCCAGCUGACAAAUUCGCGGCAAAUCUGACGCAGAAUUUUUUUUUUUUUUUUUUUUAAGUAAUCCUUUGAAUUUUGAGAUAAUUAAUAAUAUAUUUUCUUAUUAUUCUUCUAAGCCUUAUUAUUCAUUAUCACUCGAAUAUUCAAAUAUUUUGUUUUUUAAUUAACAGGAUAGUCGAGCGCAGUCAGCAAUAAUUUUCUCAAGAGAAAUUUAUUCUGAGAUUUGCCCUGGAUCGGUUAAUUAAAAUCCAAGCUCUAGGACACUCUGUGCAACGCACUUGCGUUUUUUUUUUUCUAUUCUAUUUUGCAUCGUACGCGAUCGGUACGAUGUCGGAGCACAUACGAUUCACAUCUUGCAACUUCGAUCGGGAGUUCAUAGCGAUCCAUUACAAUGCGAUUCAUAGCGAUGCAUUUCAUAAAUUUAAUAAUCGCAUAAAUUUGUAUUGUCUCUCCCUUCGAGAGUGUAGUUGAUCGCUGUAUUUCUGCAACUUUGCGAAACGAAUGCCCACUUAGAAGAUACUCGCGGACUCUGGUCAGACUCUGAAAGAGAAAAGAAUGAAGUCUGCGAAAUUCUAGGAAGGCCGUCUCAUACCUUUGCUACCGUUUGACAUUGCUGUUGUCCCAAUGUGCUCUAUUAGUCACUGUUAAAAAGGGAGAUCUGCUUUCUACACGCAUACACGGAACCCCCUUUUCCGUCGCAUUCUCGCACGGUCACUAAUGCUAUUGUAAUUUGUAAUUUACGCCCGCCAAUUUGUACAAAUUUAAGUUGAAAACACAUGACUUACGCGAAUCCCCGAAUUUAUAUUAUAACGAGAAGCGUAUAUGAAUAGAAGAAUAUAUUUAAUAUAUCGCAUAUUGAUACACUUCUGCGUAAUGUUAUUCGAGAGGGGUGAAAGAGAUUGAGAAUUGACGGAGGGAAAGUUUAUACAGUCAAGAAAAAAAAAAAAAGAAUCUACGUGUAGUUCGCGCAAUCGUGUACGCAUAUAUGCGUAAUCUAUUUUUUGCGAUAUAUCGUACGUUUCGAGAGUACACGAGUGUGUAAUAAAGAAGAAAAAAAAAUAGGAAACUGAAAUAGAAGAAAAGCUAUAUCGAAGAACCAAGACGUAAUUCUCAGAGUGAGCGAGCGGUGAGUAUUUCGUUUACUACGAAUCGUCCGCCGAAUAACCGACGAUCGUCGUGUAGCAUUACGUUUACGCUUUAGUAAUAUGUAUAAAAUAUUUUUAUACAAUCGCUAUACUGUAUCGACAAAAUGCGUACCCGCCUACGACGCUUUUGCCCGAUUCACUUUGUUGCGGCGAUUUAACGAGGAAGACGUUCACACCGGAAGUGAAAAAAAAAAGAAGGGGGAAUGCAAAUCGCAGCGCGUUACGAUCCUACAUGCGCCGAGGAUGCGAGUUUCUUACAAUAUAAGCUGUCUACAGAUAGGGAGUGUGUUUUCUCGCAGUUUCUAUGCAACAUCGUUCGAUAAUUCGUGAUGUGUAAUUGAAUUGAAAUGAAGAAAUAUUUCGUUUUCCACAGUGGAAUUCAAAAAGAUAUGCACAUGCAUAUACGACUGUAAACGAUAUCAGUUCUAUUAGAUGUAACGAAAGAAAAUACUAUCAAGAUAGAAACAAAUUAUGUAAGAUAUUGAAAUCAUAAGUCGUUAUUUAGAAAGUAAAAAUGUCAUUGCUGUCUUCUGUUGCAUAUUAAAAUAAGACAAAAAAAAAAGGAGAUGAGACGACAAAUGAUGUGUAUAGAUCAAAGUCUGCUAGUCAAAUUUAGUCAAUACUCGUUAACUUUUUCGCUCGACACUGGCAUUUUCUUUAUAAAUAUAAAUGUACAUAUAACAUUUUUAUAAAAAUAACAUUUCUAUUUUUCCAAAACGAGCAAAUUUUAAAAGUAAAAUAAGUAAAAAUAAAAUUUUUUCGCUUACAUGCAUAUAAUACUGCUUCUAUACUAUAAAUUAAUAACCAUUUAUUGUGCUGAUAUGUGUUUAUAGAAAUGAUAUCGUUUAUGCUCUCAACGUGCGUGAAUAAUUUAAAUGUUUUUGACAAAUAUAUAGUGUUUUGAGUUUCUUUUUUGAAAAAUAUAUACUCUCUGGACAAAAAAUGUUUAAAAGUCUAGAAAGUAUGCAUUGUGGAGGUCUAUAAACGUGGAAAUUAACUUUAAUGAUUUAAUCAUUAAAUCUAUGAUGUACUAUUGUAGAUGCAAUAUCUGCUGUCACACAUACAUCAAGAUUAAAAAAAAAAAUAUUGAUACUUAUAUGAAUGUAUAAAAAUAUACAUAUAUAAUGAUAUAUUUACUUUCGGCAAGUCAUGCGCUAAUAUCCAAUAUGUAAUCGGCUAUCGAUUUACGGUCUUAAUUGCGUGCAAUGGUUUUAUACCAGAUCUUUUAUCGUAUCUUAACUCUAUUAUUUUUGCAAGUCGUCGCUAUUAAAAUAAUCCAUCCAAAUACCUGCAUCCUGCUAUUUACGAUAAUUAUGAAAUGUCUCAUUUUUGCAAAGGAGAUGCGUACUGUAAUUAAGAUAUUUAACAGCUCAGUUUUGUAUCUAUCAUGAACGACAAGAUAUAACGACAAAAUAUGACGACAAAAUCAAGCGAAUCUUAUCGUAUAUUAUUAUAUUUGUACAAUAUUAAUUGUAGUUUAUAUUUCUUUGGAAAGAUAUACAUUCGUGACAAAUUAUUAAUAUAUAUAUAUAUACUUUAUGCAAACUUAAUUAUACUUUCGAAAAUUCGGCUAUUAUGUACUGCCUGCAAGUCAAAUGAAUCAGUGUUAGAAUAAAAUAUUUAGUAAACUUUAACAAAUGUAUUCGCGUAUUAUGGGUUAAAUAAAGUGAUUCUGUUAU